CGCGCCUGAAGGAGCAGCCCGGGGAAGAGGGGGCCAGGGACCCCGAAAGGAAAAAAGAGACGGGUGAGAGCGGAGGAGGAAGAUGCAACUGACCCGCUGCUGCUUCGUGUUCCUAGUGCAGGGCAGCCUCUAUCUGGUCAUCUGUGGCCAAGAUGAUGGCCCCCCUGGCUCAGAGGACUCUGAGCAUGAUGACCAUGAAGGCCAGCCUCGGCCCAGGGUGCCUCGGAAGCGAGGUCACAUCUCACCUAAGUCUCGCCCCUUGGCCAACUCUACACUCCUAGGGCUGCUGGCCCCACCUGGGGAGGUUUGGGGUGUCCUCGGGCAGCCCCCCAACCGCCCCAAGCAAAGCCCCCUACCCUCGACCAAGGUAAAAAAAAUAUUUGGAUGGGGUGAUUUCUACUCCAACAUCAAGACAGUGGCCCUGAACCUGCUGGUCACGGGGAAGAUUGUGGACCACGGCAACGGGACCUUCAGCGUCCACUUCCGUCACAACGCCACAGGCCAGGGUAACAUCUCCAUCAGCCUUGUGCCCCCCAGUAAAGCUGUAGAGUUCCACCAGGAACAGCAAAUCUUCAUCGAAGCCAAGGCCUCCAAAAUCUUCAACUGCCGGAUGGAGUGGGAGAAAGUAGAACGGGGCCGCCGGACCUCGCUCUGUACCCACGACCCAGCCAAGAUCUGUUCCCGAGAUCACGCUCAGAGCUCGGCCACCUGGAGCUGCUCCCAGCCCUUUAAAGUUGUCUGUGUCUACAUCGCUUUCUACAGCACGGACUAUCGGCUGGUGCAGAAGGUGUGCCCAGAUUACAACUACCACAGCGAUACCCCCUAUUACCCAUCUGGGUGACCUAGAUGGGUCGAUGGGUCGCAGAGGCCUGUGCAGGAGGCCGGCUGUCUGGGCGCUGGUCAGGGAAAGGGAUGGGCCUCAGGAAGGGAGGGGGUGGAGAGGACGAGAGGUCAGGUGGGGGAAGGGUCCCCAGUGCUGGCCCCAACCUGAGGUUAGAAUGUACUUGUUAUGGAGGAGGAAUGGGCUCUGGGCAGCCUUAGAGAGUUUUCCCACUGGUCCAAAGCUGACACUGGGCCUUGAGGCCCCUGGGCAGACAGGCCAGGUGGCCCCAGAUCAAGCCACAGAAAAGACCUUGGCUCUCUCUCUCCUUGCCAUUCGGAAAGAGGACAGCAGUGGACAAAGGGGUGUCUACUGUGUAGGUCAGGUAGACAACUUGGGAUGAACGGCUCAGUGGCUUCCUCCAAUGGGGCUGGCAGUGGGCAGCCCGGAACCCCUUUCCUACAGUGAGGCUGAAGUGGUGACCUCAUCCCUACCCUCAGGUCUUUGCUGUCAUGACUCCCUGUCACCAGCCAGGCCACCCCUUCUCCCGCCAGCAUUCUCCCCUGCUGUCUUGCUGAUGGCACGCCGUUCCGUCCUUCAGCCAAGACAGGACCUUUAGUUCCUUUUAGCAUGAAGGGCAGUGAGCAGAAGCCUGCCUGUGUGCUGCGUGCCCAUUCUCCGCCCUAACCCUGCUGAGAGUGCUCCCUCACCAGCCCGCUCCUCAUAUCAGACGGGGGACUCCGCAAUAGGAAUGGGAAUUCCUCCUCUGGGCCGUGGGACUAUCGGCAGAGUGGGGCGCAGGAGGCUAGACUGUGUGGCCAUGCUGGA